CCCAACUUUGAUCUGCUCUUCGCCGACGCCGUCGCCCCCAUAAGACGCUGCCGCCAAGGCUUUCCGUCCCGUUGGCCCCGUCGAUCACAUCGAUCUCGCCGAUCCGCCAGUCUGCCUCUGAUAUAACUCUCUGACUCACCUCACCCCUCCUCACACACCACCGCUCGCUCGACAUGCCGACCUUCCUGGCCCCACCCCCAACACAUAUGCGCUAUCCCGCCCAGAUGCCGCCGCAGAGUCACGACGUCCGGACCACCAUCUCGAUCCCGCGCGGUGCUCAGUCCAUCCAGCUGCAGCUUGUGCUGCCGAGCUCGGGAGGCCGCACGAUGAGCGUGAUGGGCCCCGAUGGUGCCCUGCUGGCUUACAGCUUUCGCCUGCCACCGCCGAGGGCAAAGUCCAACUUUCUCAUUACCAUGCGACGCUAUGGCCCCACGGGCCGGAAGUUGUAUGAGAUCGUGAGCAUCAACGGCCGAUCCAGCCUGGUCGCUCCCUCCGGCAAUCCCAACUUUGCCUCGGCGCUACAGCCGUCCAACUUUUGGCACAAGGUCUUUGGGUACUCAGUCCGGACGCCAAAAUACAAGAUCAUCUCGAUGCUCACCGGCGAGGAAUUCUACUGGACCUUUGAAUAUCCGAGCGCAGGCGGGGCGCCGUCCAGCUCCAGAGUCUCGACCUCGUCCUCGUCGUCUGUAUCGUCGCCGGCAUCGUCGUCUGCGUCGUCCCCGGCGUCGUCGAGCAUGCCCGCCUUUCCGGCUGUCCAGUCGCCCCAGAGGGUAUCGCCACCGCCGUCACCGCCGUCGUCGUCGCCAAUGUCGUCGCACUCGUCCUCAGAGUCUCUCAACCGGGAGUCAUCGCCGCCGCUGCCGACCCUGCCGUCGCUUCCGGACUUGGUUUUCCGGGAUGCAAACCACAACACAAUUGCUGUUCUCGAUCGGACCGACUGCAAGCUCACGGUCUUUCGCCGGGGCUUUGCGAUUCUCGACUGGCUUGUCGCCCAGGCAGUGGCUCUGGAUUUCCUGAGCCGCCGGAAGCAAUCGCUCCGCUGACUGGCGAAGCCCCCUCUGGCUCGCAUCUCGUGCUUGCCCCGAAGCUGUGCUUCAGGCUGCAGUAGGUGCGCCUGUCAUGGGUAGCCCUGCCAUGGGUAGCCCUGCCAUGCGAAUCACACCGAUGGAUCUGAAUCGCCGAGCUCUGCAAGUGUGUCCCCGGCGGCCGCUCGCCAUGGCCACGAUCA